AUGGAAGGCUCCAAUGGCUUUGGGAUUGACUCCAUUCUCUCCCACCGAGCGAGCAGCCCCGCCCUUCCCAAGGGGGACCCCUUGCUUGGGGACUGCCGUUCACCCCUGGAGCUGAGUCCACGCUCAGAGAGCAGUAGCGACUGCUCUUCUCCAGCCUCGCCCGGAAGAGACUGUCUGGAGACCAGUACCUCGAGGCCCAGUGCGGCAUCUGGCCCAGGUUUGGACUCUCACCUGCAGCCAGGGCAGCUUUCAGCCCCAGCCCAGUCAAGAACCGUCACCUCCUCCUUUCUGAUCAGAGACAUCCUUGCUGACUGCAAACCUCUAGCAGCGUGUGCACCCUAUUCUAGCAGCGGUCAGCCUGCAGCCCCUGAGCCUGGGGGCCGCCUUGCGGCCAAGGCCGGGGAGGACUUUCGCGACAAGCUGGACAAAAGUGUCAGCAGCGCCUCGUCGGACUCUGAGUACAAAGGUAAGAAACGAGGUGAAAACGGGAGACAGGUGUUUCUAAAAAGUGACACUUGGAACUUGAGAGCACACACUUGGAGACAGGUGCGCACCGCCUUCACGGACCAUCAGCUGGCGCAACUGGAGCGUAGCUUCGAGAGGCAGAAAUACCUGAGUGUACAAGACCGCAUGGAGCUGGCUGCCUCACUCAACCUCACUGACACGCAGGUCAAGACCUGGUACCAGAACCGCAGGACUAAAUGGAAGCGACAGACAGCCGUGGGGCUGGAGCUGCUGGCAGAGGCAGGCAAUUAUUCGGCGCUCCAGAGAAUGUUCCCAUCGCCUUAUUUCUACCCACAGAGUCUCGUUUCCAACCUGGACCCGGGCGCCGCGCUCUAUCUGUACCGCGGCCCCAGCGCGCCGCCGCCUGCCCUGCAGAGACCUCUGGUCCCACGAAUCCUCAUACACCACCUCGGGCAACCCUCUGCUCUCCAUCCUCUAACCGCCCCUCAACCCACCCCCGCGCACCGCCCUUGUCCUGAGACAAAUAGGAGUGGGAAAGGGGGCAGAUCGCACCACCCGCCUCUCCGACAUCUCGGGGAGUCAGACUCCAGAUCACGUUCAAAGGGCCAAGGUCAUCUCCUGACACCGUUUGAUCUCCCGGGAUAUGGGCGCAGGUGCUGCCCUCCCCCACACCACCUGCAGCACACUACCUACAAGAUGGACAUGCGGAGGAGUUUGGAUGCUUGCAAGCAAAGUACCCACCCAGCAUUCCUGGCCCAACUGUUCUGA